CCGGAGUCUCUUUACGUUUGGACAGAAGGCCCGGAAGUGGCGAGGGCGGGGAUAGUGCUGCCGGUUGAAAUCCGCAUACCGGUGAAGAUGCUGCUUGACCUGUCGGAGGAACAUAAGGAGCAUCUUGCCUUCCUGCCGCAAGUGGACAGCGCAGUGGUCGCCGAGUUUGGGCGAAUUGCGGUGGAGUUCCUGAGGCGAGGCUCGAACCCCAAGAUCUACGAAGGCGCUGCGAGAAAACUUGGUGUGAGUAGUGACACUGUACAGCAUGGUGUGGAAGGAUUAAUAUACCUCCUCACUGAAAGCUCAAAGCUCAUGAUUUCUGAACUGGAUUUCCAAGACUCUGUUUUUGUUCUGGGAUUCUCUGAAGACUUAAACAAAUUGUUGCUUCAGCUUUAUCUGGACAACAGAAAAGAGAUCAGAACUAUCCUGAGUGAAUUGGCACCAGACCUUCCCAGUUACCACAGCCUUGAAUGGAGACUAGACGUACAGCUUGCAAGCAGAAGCCUCAGGCAACAGAUUAAACCAACAGUGACUAUAAAGCUGCACCUUAAUCAGAAUGGAGAACACAACACCCAAGUUCUGCAGACAGACCCAGCCACUUUGCUCCAUUUGGUUCAGCAAUUGGAACAAGCAUUGGAGGAAAUGAAAACAAACCACUGUAGGAGAGUUGUGCGCAACAUCAAGUAGUCCCAGUUUUAUAGUUUUCUUCCCUUUAAAUCACUUGUGAAUUGAUGACAUGCAGCAAUUACUUUUCAAAGUUAAUUUUUUAAAUUGAUAGUGAUAAACAUAAAAAUUUCAUAAAAUUUCUUUUCCUAUCAAGACAGUGAGGUCAUGAUCAAAAGCUAAGUAAAGUUUCUUUCCUGGUGCUAAAUGUGGUCUGCUUCUUAACAAUCCAUAUGUAUUUUGUAUUUUUAGUGUGUAAAUAAGAUUGAAUCAACAAGAAGUGAAUCUAUACUGUUCACAUCCUCUGUGUAUAUAAGUGACUAUCCUUUUUUGAUACUUAUUUUGACUGCUUAUUUUCUUCCUUAUUGACCUAAAUUUAAAAAUAAAAUUCACAAUGUAAUACUACUGUUA